AAGAACAGAAGAAGCACUGAAGUCCUAGUGAGAGAGGGUGUCGUCGUCUUCUUGGAUAUGCGGAGGAAGAUGAAGGCAGGGGGUGGAGUCUCUAUAGUUGUCACGGCGACGCAGACGCGGCACGAUGCUUCGACGGAAGAGCGGUUGCUGGUGGUAGAACCUGAGGCGCUGCCUUCUAAUUGGCUGGUUCACCAGCCAUGGUCUCUGAGCCAAUCACAGCAAAGGAAACUGUGUGUCGAGUUAUUGCUUCAGAUUGCAAGUUGAGACACAUUCAGUCAUUCUCAAGAAAACAGCAGUCUCUGAUUGGUGAGUGUUAGAGGAAACAUCAGAUUAAAUGGUACAACAUGGAGCUAGCAACUCUAAGGUCAUGGGUUUGAUUCCCAAGAAAACACAGAUUGAUGAAUGUAACAUCCGAUGAAUGUGUUUGUCAGAUGAACAGAUCAGGUUUUUUUAAUUGUCAUUCAGUGGAACUCAUCCUUGUGUUUAGUGUGUCACCGUCAAGCAGAAUUCUCAUUUAAUGAGGUUUUUUUUUGUUUUAGAUACUUUUUCUGACUUUAUAUAUUUACUUCUUUACAGCAAACAGCCUUAAACCAGCUUUUAUAUUAUUUUGAACUGUUAAAGCAGACAGCUUUAAAACAGUCUUAAAGCAAUCUAAAAGCAGGUCUAAAGUUUACAGCAGGUUUAAUGCAGUCUUAAACAAGUCCUAAAGUGGAUUUAAAGCAGUCUCUGUUGGUCUUGGACCGGUCAGACUGUUGAUUGUUUUAGAAAAGCAAACUAGCAAGCAGAGCAACAAAGUAGCUUACAAAGUCAUGUUUUUAUGUCAGCAUGGUUUUAAAUCUCAUAAAAUGUCCUGAUAGUUCAGUGAUGUGAUUUUUGUGUAGUUACAUCAUUACACCAGUAAGUGGUGUCACAUUUACUUGAUAGUCGUUCUUUUUCAUGGGUACUCGGUUUUGGGCCCGCAUGAUUUUGAGCCAAUCACCUGAGUAAUACUUGCUUUGGGUGAUGACAUAUUAACAGCACUGAUUGGCUGACGGCGUGACAAGAAAGUGCCGAGACCUUCACUAGUGAUGUCAGAAGCAGCAGACGUACAAUAUUUAUUCAUUCAUGCUUAUAAGACGCACUUAAGAUCAACCCGUCACUUCUACAGCAUCUGUAAUAAAGUGAAACAGACGAAUAAAGCAGAUCAAUAUCUUCAAAUAUAUUUAAGAAAUGAACAUCAUGACAUUUACUGAAGGAUUUAGACGACUUUUAAUGUUUAAAUUAACACGACAGUAUUCUUCUCCAAAAUGAAAUGAUGUAUUUGCAUAAGAAUCAUCAGCCUAAGUGUAUGUGUGUGCGCGCGUGCAUGCGUUUUCAUGCAACAGUGCAUCUCUGCUCUUUGACUGCACAGCUGUGGUUAGUAACACAUUUACACAUACACACACAUACACAAACACACACACACACACACACACACACACACACACACACACACACACACACACACACACUAACCUGCAGUCAGUCACACUCAUAUAGAGAAAGCCGACACACAUGCUGUUCACAUCUCACACUUGACUUGCAAAAUUUGGGGUUUAUAUACCCACAUGUAAUUGUUCUCAAGAGCUUGAGUUUGUGUGUGUGUGUGUGUGUGUGUGUGUUUGAGGAAAGAGGAAGUUGUGUGCAGUUGAAAGGUUUCCUCCUCUUUGCAGAUCUGCAGAGCACCACUGACAGAAGAAUAAGAGAGACGGAGAGAGAGAGAUACCAGAACAGAACUGGACGCAGAAUCAGCACGAAGACCAGAGACAGACAUUUUUACAGCAUUUAGUUUCAAUCUAGUAGAUGAAUCUAUUGCAACUAGUUUUAGCUUUACUCUUGAGUAAUUUGAAGUUGGAUAAAUUGACUUUACUUGUAGACGUCUAUUGGUCCUCGCUGUCAUUUCAUUGACUACAGUAGAUUCUGUGCGUGUAGUUUGCUGUUUAACAUUUCGGGGAUGGUUGAUCUGCGGUGAUUUUAGGCCAGUAAAGAUUUGUCUGGUCAUCUGAGAGCAGAACUAGUUAUAAGACUGAGGUUGAUUUGAGGUCAUCUCACCUGGUUUGGAGAUGGAGUUGUGGAGACAAUGCGCCAGCUGGUUAAUUCAAUGUCGGGUUCUUCCUGACAAUCACAGGGUAACGUGGGACAGCGCACAGGUGUGUGACCUGGCUCAUGCUCUGAGAGAUGGAGUUUUACUCUGUCAACUGCUCAAUAACCUCCUGCCACAGUCAGUCAACCUGAGACUGAUUAACUUGCGUCCUCAGAUGUCUCAGUUUCUGUGUCUGAAGAACAUCAGGACUUUCCUGUGUUCGUGUCAGGAGAAAUUUGGCAUGAAGAAAAACGAACUUUUCGAGGCCUUCGACCUUUUUGACGUGCGAGACUUCGGGAAGGUGAUUGACACGCUGUCCAUCCUGUCACACACAUCGGUGGCCGUACAGAGAGGUUUCCGGCCGUUUCCAGAUGAAGCAUGUGUUGGAGAUGAUGAUAUUUACACUGGCCUUUCAGACCAGAUCGAUGAUACAGUGGAGGAAGAUGAUGAUCUUUAUGACUGCGUAGAGGAAGAGGAUGAUGAAGGUGAUGAUGUGUAUGAAGAUCUGAUGAGGACAGAAGAACCAGAAACACAGCAGAAGGUGGGGGUGGACAAGAGAAGUUGUUGUCUUGAGGAGAUCAGGCAGACAGAAGAGAAAUAUACCAACACAUUGGAAUCAAUACUUCAGCACUUUCUGAAACCAUUACAGGCGUUUUUACAACCAGUUGAUGUUGAAAACAUUUUCAUGAAUAUUCAGGAGCUAGCAAAGACACAUCAAUCUCUUCUUCGUGAGAUUCAGGAAUCUAUACUUCAGUUGGGAGCAGAAAAUCUUUAUCAGAUCUUCAUUGACUAUAAAGAGAGGUUGUUACUGUAUGGUCGUUACUGUAGUCAGGUAGAAGCGGCUACCAAACACCUGGACAAAAUCUCCAGUACAAGAGAAGACGUCAAAAUGAAACUAGAGGAGUGCUCUAUGAGAGCGAAUAGUGGCAGAUUUUCACUGAGGGAUCUGCUCAUGGUGCCAAUGCAGAGAGUCCUGAAAUAUCAUCUACUACUACAGGAGCUUAUGAAACACACAGUGGAUCAACAAGAGAAAGAGAAUUUACGUAAUGGAUUAGAUGCCAUGAGGGAUUUAGCUCAGUGUGUGAACGAAGUGAAGAGAGACAAUGAAAUUAUUCGGCAAAUCACAACAUUUCAGCUGUGUAUUGAGAACAUGACUCAGUCUUUGGCGUUGUUUGGACGCCCAAAAAUAGACGGAGAGUUCAAGAUCUGCAAUCCAGAGAAGAAAUCCAAACAAGACAGGUAUGGGUUUCUCUUCGACAAGGCUUUGUUCGUGUGUAAGAAGCGCAGUGGGGAGACGAUGGAACUGAAGGAGUUGAUUGAACUUCAACAUUAUCAGCUGAGAGAUGAACCUUCAGGAGAUCGAGACAGCAAGAAGUGGACACACACGUUCCUCCUGAUGGAUCUGUAUGGUCAGGGCGGAUAUGAUCUGUUCUUCAAGACUCGUGAGCUGAAGAAGAAAUGGCUGGAGCAGUUUGAGAUGGCACUAUCUAACCUGUGUCCAGAGAACAGCACUGCUAAUGGACAUGACUUCCAGAUGUACUGCUUUGAAGAUACCACAUCAUGCAAAGCCUGUCAGAUGCUCCUCAGGGGAAUCUUCUUUCAGGGAUAUCGCUGUACGCGCUGUAAGAUGGCCGCUCAUAAAGAGUGCUUGGGUCGAGUUUCUGUGUGUGGACGUAAUUCUGAAUCGUCAGGAACGUUGAAGAAGGGUAAAACACUGAGGUUAGCCUCUCCGAGACAGACUAAACCAGGUCUGCCAAAGAUGGAGGUUUGUCUGGAUUAUUAUGGUCUUCCUCCUCCUCCGGUGGCGUUCGGUCAGCCUCUUCAGCUGACGGUCGGUGAUGUGGUGGAAUUGACCCGAGCUGAGGUGGACUUACAGUGGUGGGAGGGCAGGAAUCUGACUAUAGGAGAGGUGGGCUGGUUUCCCUGCAGUAAAGUUCAGCCCUAUCUACCAGGACCAUCACCAGAGUUAACAGGACUCCCCUGGUUCGCUGGUAACAUGGACCGGUCCGGUGCUAAAACUCUGCUCAUGCCUCGAUCCGACGGCACGUUUCUGGUGCGACAGAAAGACGCUGGAGAAUUUGCCAUCAGUCUCAAGUUCAACAUGGACACCAGACACAUAAAGGUCACAUAUUCUGAGGGUCUCUACAGAAUAAAUGAGAAAAAAGCUUUCAAGGGCCUGUAUGAGCUGGUUCAGUAUUAUCAAGAAAACUCACUGAAAGAAUGUUUCAAAGACGUCGACUCGAAACUCCAGACGCCCUACAAACAACCUGAACAAAACGCAACAGUGAACACAAGCGCACCUGCACACAACACAGGUGAACGUUAUUUUGGCACUGCUAAAGUUCGCUAUGAUUUCUCAGCCCGUGACCGAACUGAACUGUCCCUGCGAGAGGGAGAUACUGUGAAAAUCAUCUCAAAGAAAGCACACAACGGCUGGUGGAGAGGAGAGGUCUAUGGCCGGGUGGGGUUAUUUCCUGCGAAUUACGUGGAGGAGGAGCAUUCAGAUUACUGCUGACACCAUCACUUACCAUUCAUUAUAUCAUACAGACAACAACACUUUUAACAUACUGAUGUAACAAACACUGAUACAUUAUCAAUGGUUUACAUUAAUAAAGACAGAAAUCAGAUUUACACUGAAAGAGGAUCUGUGAUCGUGUGCUAUAUAUCUACUAACAUCUACAGUCUCCGUCUAUAUUCAUAUCAGAUGUGUAGACGGAAUCAUGUAGAACACAGAAACAAAUUCAGUUUGGCUUUUACUGAGCUGGGUAAUUUAAUCCAGAUUAUUCAUCGUUUGA